CGGUAUUCAUUCAAAGACGAGACCAAGGCGAGAGGUAGUUCUGGACACGCUAUUGUUAAUAAUAUGAGCUUGGUUUAUCGACGAAUCUGUUUUGAAGGUCCCACUCUCAGAUAUCAUUCUUUUCGGAUGGAUCGACUCGUAAAUCUAGAUGGCGGUUUAACGAUUGUUCUCAUCGGAGAAAAAGUCCCUCCGAGUUCCCUCUGAGAUCUCCCUCAUCCAUCCAAGCGGGAUUAUGGUUUCCACAUAUUGAAGCUCUGGGGUGAGGUCAACCCUACCACUGUGUGUGGAGCGGGCUGAGGCACGGGGAUCUGAGUGAGACCCGAGUACCGGGAGCACCGAACCCCAAGAACGAUAUAAGAAGGUUACGGUCUUCGCUCAACCACACCAUUAUGUAUAGUUUAAUCAACACAGAAGCAAACGCCCUGUCUAAAGCUACUACCCAGGAACCUCCCAACAGACUGCCCUACCUUCCUUGACCAUGACACGCCUCGCCCUCCUCCUCGCGGCUGCCCUUCCCCUACUCCCACUCACCCUCGCCGAGAUCCAAUGGUGUGAAUACUCAGCCCAGAUCUGCGGCUAUCAACUGAUCGAGCAAUACGGCGCAACAGAACAAGACCUCGCAACCAUCCUGCGCUCCUACAGCCAGCCAACCGACCCGUCCCACAUCUACGACUCGGUCUACACCUGCUUCAAACAGAACAGCGUGGGCUGGGUGUCGUGGUGCGGCGGCCCCUACACGUGCGAGCCGACGGCCGGGUGGCCGCUGGCGCGGUGCAAGUGA